GUCCGCGUUCAGCCGCGCUCCGGUCCGCAGCUCUAUGGGGAAAGCGGCCGCUCUGAGCCGAGGCGGCGGCUGCGCUGGCCGCUCCCGCGGGCUCUCGUCGCUGUUCACGGUUGUGCCCUGCCUGUCCUGCCACACGGCGGCGCCGGGCAUGAACUCGUCCACCUCCGGCUUAGGGUCGGAGCCACAGCCUCAGCUUCAGCCUGUGCAGGCACCAGAGCGGGAGUUGCUGUCGGAACAGGUGUGCCAGCCAGUUUUUGAGCCGGUGCCAAGAUCCGAACCGGGGCCUCAGACGACGUCUGUGCCAGGACCCUCAGGGUCUGGGCAGGAAUCGGAACUACAGGGCUUGUGGCAGCGGGCAGAGGUGGGCCUAAGAGUAGGGGCUGGGCCCUUCACCAGAGCCACACCAGAGCAGCUGUCCCCAGCGGGGAACGUGCCCCUCACCAAAUCCGAGUCCAGGUCGGUGACAAAGCCCCAGCCCCUUCUGCGACCAGGACAGGCAAAGACUUUUAUCGGGAGUCCAGUGUCAGGGACCGGUGUCCCAAUGGUCUCACCACCUCUGGACAGCUACAAGGGCUGGCUCCUCAAGUGGACUAACUACCUGAAGGGCUACCAGCGUCGCUGGUUCGUGCUGGGCAAUGGCCUGCUGUCCUACUACAGAAACCAGGGUGAAAUGGCCCACACCUGCCGUGGAACCAUCAACCUGGCCUCCACACACAUUGACACAGAGGACUCCUGUGGAAUCUUGCUAUGCAACGGGGCAAGGACCUACCACCUCAAGGCCAGCUCAGAGGUGGACCGGCAACAAUGGAUCACUGUUCUGGAGCUGGCCAAGGCCAAGGCUAUCCGUGUGAUGAAAACGCAGUCAGAUGAUUCUGGGGACGACGACGAAGAGCCUGCUGCCCCAGCUGACAAGAGUGAGCUCCAGCACACCCUUAAGAACCUCUCACUGAAGUUAGAUGACCUCAGCACGUGCAAUGACCUCAUUGCUAAGCACGGUGCCGCACUCCAGCGCUCCCUGAAUGAGCUGGACAGCCUCAAGAUCCCGUCCGAGAGCGGGGAGAAGCUGAAGGCUGUGAAUGAGCGGGCCACCCUCUUCCGUAUCACGUCAAAUGCUAUGAUCAAUGCCUGCAGGGACUUCCUGGAACUAGCGGAAAUUCACAGCCGGAAAUGGCAGCGCGCGCUGAAUUAUGAGCAGGAGCAGCGUGUCCACCUGGAGGAAACCAUCGAGCAGCUGGCCAAACAGCACAACAGCCUCGAGCGGGCCUUCUGCAACACGCCCGGGGGGCCGGCCGACCCCAGCCAGAGCUUCAGCGAGGGAAGCUUCUUGACUUCCAAAGGAGAGAACAGUGAAGAAGAUGAAGAUACUGAGUACUUUGACGCCAUGGAAGACUCUACAUCUUUCAUCACCGUAAUCACCGAGGCUAAGGAAGACAGAAAAGCCGAGGGUGGAACUGGGCCAACCUCUGUGGACUGGACCUCAUCAGAUAAUCAGGUAUUAGAUGGCGCCUCGCUCGUGCCCAAGGAUUCAUGCAAAGUCAAGAGGCGAGUCCGCAUCCCCGACAAACCCAACUACAGCCUUAACCUCUGGAGCAUCAUGAAGAACUGCAUCGGCCGAGAGCUGUCCCGGAUCCCCAUGCCGGUGAACUUCAACGAGCCCUUGUCCAUGCUCCAGCGACUCACGGAGGACCUCGAGUACCACCACCUGCUGGACAAGGCGGUGAACUGCACCAGUUCGGUGGAGCAGAUGUGCCUGGUAGCUGCCUUCUCCGUGUCCUCCUACUCCACCACCGUGCACCGCAUCGCCAAGCCCUUCAACCCUAUGCUGGGGGAGACCUUCGAGCUGGACCGCCUGGAGGACAUGGGCCUGCGUUCACUCUGUGAGCAGGUGAGCCACCACCCUCCGUCUGCUGCUCACCAUGUGUUCUCCAAGCAUGGCUGGCGCCUCUGGCAGGAGAUCACCAUUGCCAGCAAGUUCCGGGGGAAAUACAUCUCCAUCAUGCCACUUGGCGCUAUCCACCUAGAAUUCCAGGCCAGCGGCAACCACUACGUGUGGAGGAAGAGCACCUCCACAGUUCACAACAUCAUCGUGGGCAAGCUCUGGAUCGACCAGUCAGGGGACAUUGAGAUUGUGAACCACAAGACCAAGGACCGGUGCCAGCUAAAGUUUGUGCCCUACAGCUACUUCUCCAAAGAAGCAGCCCGAAAGGUGACUGGAGUGGUGAGUGACAGCCAGGGCAAGGCCCACUAUGUGCUCUCAGGCUCGUGGGAUGAGCAGAUGGAGUGCUCUAAGAUUGUGCAUAGCAGUCCCAGCUCCGACGGGAAGCAGAAGACCGUGUACCAGACACUGCCAGCCAAACUGCUGUGGAGGAAAUACCCACUUCCGGAGAACUCGGAGAACAUGUACUAUUUCUCGGAGCUGGCCCUGACCCUCAACGAGCAGGAGGACGGCGUGGCUCCCACCGACAGCCGCCUGCGGCCGGACCAGCGGCUGAUGGAGAAGGGGCGUUGGGAUGAGGCCAACACUGAGAAGCAGCGUCUGGAGGAAAAGCAGCGCCUGUCCAGGCGACGUCGGUUGGAGACGUGUGCAGCGGGCUGCGGGGGUGAGGAUGAGAAGGAGUCAGAUGGCUACGUGCCGCUGUGGUUCGAGAAGAGGCUGGAUCCGCUGACUGGGGAGAUGGCCUGCGUAUACAAAGGCGGCUACUGGGAGGCCAAGGAGAAGAAAGACUGGCACAUGUGCCCCAACAUCUUCUGAGCCACUCCUGCGGCAAAUACAGGCGCCUGCACAGCCCGUCAGCCUUUUCUUUAAUGCACCCAACUUAGUACUGAACACACAUACACACACACACACACACACACACACACACACACACACACACACGCCCACGUAAACACACACGUCUUUUUCCUAAAAGGAGGCUUCCACUUUGGAAGGGGUAAAGGCUGACCUGGGUUCUCUCCAGCCCCCAGGUUGCUAGGUCACCUGUGCCCGUUAUCACUGACUUGGGCCCCAUGGGCACCCUAGCUCCCAGUUUUACUACAACUCAGGCCGGCUGGCUGGGCCAUGGGCUGCCCAGGUCACUAACCCCAACCCAGGGAGGAACUACCCCUCCUAUGGAGCCUCUUUUUGACUUUUUAAAGAAAAAAACAAACAACCUCCAUUUCUUUCCAAUGAUGAGGUUUAGUAGAUAUUUUUAGCACAUCACUUGGAAGACUUGCUUUCCAAAGUGUGCGCUCUUGCCACAGAAUGGUCCUGGCAAGAAGCCCUUUUUUUAAAGACACGGGGAAGCAAGGCCCCUUUGAGUGGGGAGCACUUUUAACACAGCAAGGCUUUGUAUCGGCUGUCCAAGCUCCAGGAGCCAGCAACACCCACAGGGACAUCAGGAAGCCUGCCUGGCUAGCCCGGCAUGGUGUGUGGGAUCUCCCCUCAUGCGGGCUAAGAACAGCAGCCCCUGCCAGGCAUUGGCCAUGCUGAGGCAGUGUCCCAGCCCCAAAGAGGCCAAAGAGGGCUGAAAGGCAGGGUUCUUAGGUGCUUCCUGCCCAAGAACUAGGCCUCCCAAAUCAGCAAUAAGGAACAAACCCUUGGCUCAGCCUGGCCCGGUGCACCAGGUUCCAGACACCUGGCCUCCCGCCUUGUCCUUAGGCGGCGUCAGAGUGCCUCACCUCAGCACUCCUGACAUCUUUAUUUGCCUAAUUUAUAUAUAUGAGAUAUAUAAAUAUAUAUAAAAUAGCUAUUUUGCUUAAAUUUCUAUGGUAUGUGAAAGUGAAAAAUGAUGAAGACAGGGCAUGCCUGUCUGAGUUUGGCCUCCUGUCAGCUGUACCCUGCCCUCUCCUUGUUACUCCUUCAGUGGCUUCAGCCAACUUUGGAAAUGAAAUGUGUCCCUCAGGCCCUCUCACUCCAACUUGUCUUGCAAUGAAAGAAAGUUCAUUGCAGGGCCUUUCUUUCUACUCCAGAGCUGUUUUUUUUUUUUUUGUUUUUUUUUUUUU